AUGUCCGCCAAUGCACAUGAUUCAUGGCAGCAGAACGUUCAGCCAACCACUGUCCAAGCGGCUAUGGCGGCUGAGGCCGGCGAUGACGAGGAACCCCUCGAAGCUGAUGAGGGCUAUGGUACUGAUGGCGGUUCAACGAUUGACGAACAAAUGCAAGCCUACGCCGCGUCAUUAUCGUCAAGUGUCGUCAACUACCCGGAAGAGUUCGGUCGAAGAUAUCAUGCCUAUCGAGCCGGGAAAUAUCCGCUUCCAAACGAUGAGCUUGAAUCGGAGCGUCUCAAUUUGGCCCAUCGUCUGAUUUUCAGGCUUCUUGGCAAUAGACUCUUCUUAGCGCCCCUUGAGUUUGGCCAGGUCAAUCGUAUUUUGGACAUUGGCACCGGUACAGGCAAAUGGGCAAUCCAGAUGGGCGAUCUUUUCCAGCAUGCAGAAGUUAUUGGAAACGACUUGAGUGCAAUCCAGCCAAUAUGGGUUCCCCCAAACGUCAAGUUUGAAAUAGAUGAUGUUGAAAGUUCUUGGGUUGGACAUCAAAAAUACGACUACAUUAUGUGCAGAUACAUGGCAGCUGCGAUCAGAGAUUGGCCCAAGCUGAUAAGGAAUAUCUAUGACCAUCUCAACCCAGGGGGAUGGGCAGAGUUCCAAGACAUGGACAUCGAGCUUUACUCAGAGGAUGGGACCCUCACUGAUAGUCACGCCACGAAGCAAUGGAGCAGGACAUUUGUGACAACUUUGGCGAGUAUGGGUCUAGAACCUGCACCAGGGCCACAACUGGAAGGCUGGGUGUGGUCGCAUGGCGGGUUUACGAACGUCAGCCAUCGAAAAUAUAGGGUACCUGUUGGUCCAUGGCCUAGACAGACUUUCUUCAAGAAUCUGGGCAUGCUGAACCUAAUACAGACUCUAGAGGGGCUUGAAGGAUUCUCACUUAAAAUGUUUUGCGGCGUUCUCGGGCGGACGAGAGAAGCAGUGAUGACCCAGAUCGAGGAGGUGAGUGAGGAGUUGAAGAGUGGUACGGUUCACAGUCAGUUUGAUAUACACGUCGUGUAUGGGCAGAAGCCAUUGAAAUGA